CCUUCGAGGGACUAAAACCCAAACGUCAAUCUUCCUGACGGGGGGUGGGAUUGAGUCGACCCAUAUCCACCACUGUAGUCAUUGUAUACCAAAGAAGUUUUGCUCAGCGUCUGUUUCAGACUAGGGUCGUCCACAGGAGCUGGCCUGACAGCUCUUCCAUAUCUGUUGCCAUAAAACCUCACCGCGAGAGCAUUUCAGACUUCAUUUCGACCCGGGAUUUAUAACCGAUAAGUUGAUAUUUUAUUGAGACUGCCGUGUUACCUCAUAGGAAUUCGUGACUUUCUGUUUUCACUAAUUUAUUUCGUCAAUCCUCGAUGGGACAUAUCAACCACCUAUCCCUCUCCCUUCAUGUGCUCCUCUCACCUCUCAUUAGCUAGGGCUACACUUAUAUCGUAUUCGUAAAGGCUUGGGUGAGAAAGUUUUAUUGGCCCAGGUAACCACAUUGCUUUGCGGGAGCAUCUCGGGUACACCACUGCCAUACUCUCCGCUCUUGAGGCGAGGCACAACGGGAGUCUUCCCAAUAUUCACCGCGGCAUUCAGAGGGCUCCGUUCGCCAAUAUACUGUGGUAGCAACCUCAUCAGCAACAUGCCGGUGAUGGGCUGCGAAGGGGAGUUGUCGGUCAACUCUCCUGGGUCUUACAUCAGCAACAACAGCCUCAACAGCAGUACGAGUAGCAGUUCCAGUAGCGUUGGUGGUGGUGGCAGCGGUAGCAGCCAGGAGUUGGUAGCUGGUAGCCCGGCGGUGUGCGCCGGGUGCAGCGGGCAAAUCACCGAUCGAUUCUACCUGUUGGCAGCAGAUCGACAGUGGCACACGCAGUGCUUGCAGUGCUGUGAGUGCAGCAUCCAACUAGACAGCGAGUUAUCCUGCUUCGCCAAGGAAGGGAAUAUAUACUGCAAAGAAGAUUAUUUAAAACGGUAUGGGAACAAGAAAUGCGCUCGAUGCCAGGUGGGCAUCGAAUCCCAUGAAAUGGUGAUGCGAGCCCGUGAGCUGGUAUACCACCUCGCCUGCUUCAGUUGUGCCGUGUGCAACCUCGAACUCACAACAGGUGACUAUUAUGGGAUGCGGGACAACCUGGUAUACUGUCAACUCCACUACGAAACCCUCUUCGUGCCGACGUCCGAACAGAGCAACUACCAUCACCUUCACCACGCCUCUCCCCAACCCCAGCAACCCUCCCUCCACAAUCUCUCACCUAGCUACCACCCCCACGGUGGAUCACCGAACCCUUCGACGCCAUCCAACGGACACCCCUUUUUCCAGAAUGGACUGUCCCCGAUACAUAAAGGGAGACCACGGAAGCGCAAGGGUGUGGAUCAUCUCAUUGGCUUCGGAAUGGGUGAGUUUAUCAUUCGAUUCUAUCUCAUGAUCAUGUAAUAUUUCUUUAAUACUAUGUCACAGUGAUGAUUUUUUCCCGCCUGAAGGCACAUGUAUGUGAUGAUUUGCGAUCUAAAGUAGAUUCAUGAUCAUAGCUGAAUGCUAGUUGCUUCGGUUUGUCGCAAACUUUGACAAUACUUUUUAACAGCUUGUAGGGAAUAUACAAUUUCUUCUGUUUACAAAUCAGAUGUAUUUAUAUUUUUAUU